UGAAAAAAAAAGGCAAGGACCCAAAGGAUAAAGCUACAACGGACGGACGAAGGUAAGACCAGAGAGAGACAUGGCCAUGGCCACUGCUCACUGCCUGUCUUCUUGCUUGGCUUUUCCUUGCAAGUCUAGAACCUUAUCGUUGAGGAACUCAGCAAUUACUCGGAUGAACCAAACCACUUUUCGGUCUCUCAGUUUCUCAACAAACCUAUCAGACAAUGCCUUCUUCACUAGAGGGAGUUUAUCAACGAGGAAUGUCGAUAGACCUGCCCGCUACUCUGUUGUUUGCGAAGUGGCUCCAAAGAAAAAAGCUGAUUCUGCCCAGAAGAGAGCUCGCCAGUCUGAGAAGAGGCGCAUCUAUCACAAAGCUCGGAAAUCAGAAUUUAGAACCCGGAUGAAGAAGGUGUUUGAGGCACUAGAUGUGCUCAAGAAGAAGAGUGAUGCACAGUUUGAGGAAAUUCUUCCAGUUGAGAAACUGAUAGCUGAGGCCUACUCAUCCAUUGACAAGGCAGUGAGGGCUGGAAGUCUUCACAGGAACACAGGAGCCCAAAGGAAGUCUCGACUUGCUAGAAGAAAGAAGGCCGUAGAGAUACACCAUGGCUGGUAUACUUCUGCUCCUGCUGAAACUGCCUGAGGAAGUACAGUAAGAGAUGUCACUAGUUUUGUGGAAAUUGCCUGUAUGUUACCUCCAUUUACUUGCUAUAUACAUCCUUUUGUCUCAGAUCUUAAUUCUUUGCCAUAAUUCACUUGACUUCCAUUUGAACUGCA